UCAGUGAGCAGCGUGGAGUCAAGAGGCAAGCGACUAGGUGCCGAAGUCCGUCAGACUCUAAGGCCUUCGGUCCGGAGAAGCUGCAGUCUGCGCCCUGCCGGCUGCCGGCUCCCGGCUCCCGGGGACCCAGAGGGCGGCGCUGCGGGAACCGCCUCCGGAGACAGGGGCGCCCCCGCGUCUCCCGGUCACAGGCCUGUCUUGCGAAUCGUAAUUUUUGUUAUCUGUCGGAAUGCUAACACUGAAAGACCCGCGAAGACGCGCGCAGCAGAAUCCAGUGGAAAGCUCUUCGGAAGCGCGGAGUUAAUUCUUUAAUCCUGCCUUCCAUCGCUCUCUCGCGAGAUUUGAAGCCGGAAGUCAAUUAAAGUGCCGGAAUCUCAACGAGCUGGUGGCUCUGCUGAGGUUGGCGGGAGCUGAAGGAUCAGUCUGAUCUUUGCUCUCCGACCUGGGCUUGCUCCGCUCCAGGGUGUUGCGGACAGUUAUCCCGCCUCGGGACGGCAGGAUGCGGGUGGCUGUGGCCGGCUGCUGCCACGGCGAGCUGGACAAGAUCUAUGAGACUCUGGCGCUGGCGGAAAAGCGGGGCCCCGGGCCGAUAGAUCUUCUGCUGUGCUGCGGCGACUUCCAGGCGGUGCGCAACGAGGCAGACCUGCGCUGCAUGGCGGUACCCCCCAAGUACCGCCACAUGCAGACCUUCUACAGGUAUUACUCUGGAGAGAAAAAGGCCCCAGUUCUCACAAUCUUCAUUGGGGGAAACCAUGAAGCUUCAAAUCAUUUGCAAGAGUUACCCUAUGGUGGCUGGGUAGCACCAAACAUUUAUUACUUAGGUUUGGCUGGUGUAGUAAAAUACCGAGGUGUAAGGAUUGGUGGAAUCUCUGGUAUCUUCAAAUCUCAUGACUAUCGAAAAGGUCAUUUCGAGUGCCCUCCUUAUAAUUCCGCUACCGUAAGGAGUAUAUAUCAUGUGAGAAAUAUUGAAGUCUAUAAAUUAAAACAGCUGAAGCAGCCUAUGGACAUAUUCUUAUCUCAUGAUUGGCCAAGAAGUAUAUACCAUUAUGGAAAUAAGAAGCAACUUCUUAAGACUAAAUCUUUUUUUCGACAAGAAGUGGAAAAUAACACCUUAGGAAGUCCUGCUGCCUCGGAGCUUUUAGAGCACUUACAACCUACUUACUGGUUUUCUGCCCACCUUCAUGUGAAGUUCGCAGCCGUGAUGCAGCAUCAGGCCCAGGAUGAAGGACAGACGGCCAAAGCAACCAAAUUUUUAGCCUUGGACAAAUGCUUACCACAUAGAGACUUUCUUCAGGUAAUAGAGAUAGGUCAUGACCCCAAUGCUCCUGCUCACUUGGAGUAUGAUAUUGAAUGGCUCACUAUUCUCAGGGCUACAAACAAUCUUAUUAAUGUGACUGGGCGCCUAUGGAAUAUGCCUGAAAAUAAUGGUCUACAUUCAAGAUGGGAUUAUAGUGCAACAGAAGAAGCUAUGAAUGAAGUUUUGGGAAAAUUGGAUCGUGACCUUCAGGUUCCACUUAACUUUAGUGUGACAGCUGCUUGCUAUGACCCAAGCAAGCCACAGACACAGAUGCAGCUGGUUCAUAGGAUCAAUCCACAGACUACUGAGUUUUGUGCCAAACUUGGCAUCACAGACAUUAAUGUCAGUCUUCAGAAGGCCAAGGAAGAACACCACUUGUGUGGUGAAGAUGAAGAACAGGAUGAAGCAGGGAGUAAUGACUCUGGAGAAGAUCCUAGUGAAUAUAACACAGACACAUCUGCCCUGUCCUCUGUUAAUCCCGAUGAAAUAAUGUUAGAUGAAGAAGAGGAAGAGGAAGAUAGCUUUGUGAGUGCACAUAGUGAUGUGCAUACAACAUCCCUAGAACCUUCUUCUGAUCAAGCUUCUGACUUCUCUGCAAGCUUCUCUGAUGUCAGGAUCUUGCCAGGUUCCAUGUUUGUUUCUUCUGAUGAUACACUGGGCUCCCCGAUGGGCAGAGAGGAGAAACCUGGCGAGGCCGUGGAGUCCGGAGAUGGGAAGGACUUAACUGCAGUGCCGUUGAAGAGGCUGAGUGACGAGCAGGAGCCUGAACAAAGAAAGAAAAUUAAGAGGAGGAAUCAAGCCAUCUAUGCCGCAGUAGAUGACGAUGAUGCAGCAUGAGACAGUUUAUUUGUCUUAGUGUAUAUGUACAUUUGUGAUUUUUAAUAUUAUAUUUUUAGAGUUGGGUUUUUGACUCAGGACUGAACUUUAUAAUGAUGAGGUUACAUGGAGAAUUGAUUUUGCCUUUAGGCCUUUAUAUAUUUCAGAUACAAACAUAUUAAAAUUUCAUCUAUUGACUUGA